AAUGGCGGCUUUUUGACGUUCGAAGUGCUGGUGCACGGUGACUUUACUACUUUGAACUUUAAAUCAAUUACAUAAAGAAAACAAGUAAACCGGCGUAUUUUUACGUGGGUUUGUAUUAGUGAUUUCGAAUGCAUUUGCUAGGUCACGUGUUAGGGCUUGGAUAGAUAAUAAGAGGAGACCAGUUUAGAUGUUGGCGGGCUGUGAGGUCAGUCCAUUUGACAACAGUGCACGGAAACGAGAUGCAGAAGCACAAAUAUCUUCUGUAAAAUCCUUUGACUGUGUGGAUUCUGCAUUUUCUUCACAAUGUAUUCAAUUCCUGGACUUCCAGCACCUGGCUCAAACAUUACUGUUCAUAUUACAAGGGUCAAUCUAAACCCACUUUGUGUUUUGGUGGAGCUAUGGGGUAGUUUUGCUCAAGAAAGUAAGUUAGAAUAUCAGCGAAUGAGAGCAGACAUUCAGUUUCCGAAGGAAAGGUUUAGUGGAGUAGAAGGAAAUCCAGGAGAUCUGUGUCUGGUACAAAUACUUGAAACAUGGUACAGAGCUAGAAUAGUCACCAGACAUGGGAAAGAUUAUGAUGUGUUCCUUAUUGAUGAAGGAAAGACACUUGCUGUUAAUUUUUAUAAUUUGGCCUGGGGUCAAAAAGACUUAUUUCUCUUGCCACCUGAGGUGGAAUUCUGUGUUCUUGCAAAUAUUUUACCUCUUUCACCAGAGAAUAAAUGGUCUCCAGUGGCUUUAGAGUUUCUUAGCUCUCUGCGUGGUAGAAGAUUUGAAGGAUAUGUCCAAGAUGUGCUGAUACCCCAUAGAACUUUCCUCCUUGACAUCCCUAGUAUAUCCAAACAGAUGUAUGAAAUGGGAUUUGCCAAGAAGUUGUCCAGUGAAAUGUUUAAAUUCUUUGUUGAAAGAUCAUUGAAGUCGCUUACUGGGGCAGUCGCCAUCCCAGAAAAUAAGCUGUUUUCAUCUGAUAAAGGAAAAGACCAAACAGAGAGCACUGCUCCCCACAGAGCAGAGCUUAUUCAAAGCACACAGGUUUACUUCUAUCCACAAAUCCAAGCAGAAACAGUGGAGACUGUUAUCAUUACAGAGUUAGUGCAUCCUUCACGUUUUUUUUGCCAGUUGAGAGUUUUUUCUCAAGAGUUAAAGAGAAUGACGGAGCAGAUAACACAGCAUUAUGAAGGGAGGUCAGGUAUAGAGAAGAUCAAAUCUGAAGCAUUAGGCUCUGCUUGUGCUGCAAGAGGCAGCGAUGGCAAAUGGUAUCGGUCAGUAUUGCAGCAAGUCUUUCCGUGCAAGAAUGUUGUGGAGGUGUUGCAUGUAGAUUAUGGGAUUAAAGAAUGUGUUCCUAUUGGUAGCCUUAGGUCAUUAGCCCCCGAGUUCUUCAGAAUGCCUGUUGUUACUUAUGCGUGUUCAAUGCUGGGCAUAAGUGAUCAAGGUGCUGGAUGGUCAACUUCUCAGGUUAAAUAUCUGAAAUCCUUACUUCUCAACCAGGUUGUGAUUGCAAAAUUUGAAUAUCAGAACUAUUCAGAAGGUGUCUAUUAUGUGACCCUUUAUGGAGAUGAAAACAUGAAUAUAAAUAACUUGUUUGGAAUGAGAGAGAAGUGUUUGUUAGAAGUGCAGAAAUCACCUGGUGAAUAUGCCAUUUGUAAAACAGUAUCUCCAAAAUCUCUAGCAUCACUGGGAAAAAGAGGUCAAGGUGAUUGUCUAGUCCCCAAAACUCUUGUAGAAGGAAGACAGGCGAAGUCAGCAGCAGGAAAAUUGAAACUAAAUGCUUCUUGUGAAGCAGUUGUAGAAUUUGUAGUUGACCCCUCUGAAUUCUGGAUUCGUAAACAUGAGUAUAGUGUUGAAUUUGACCAACUGAUGAACAGCAUUAGUAACCUUUAUGACAAUGCACCUGAAAUGGAAGGGAUUGUCAGAACUCCUACAGUUGGACUUUACUGUGUUGCCAAGUCAAAGGACAGUUCAUUUUAUAGGGCUGUUGUUAAUGAAGUCCUUGGACAGCAGGUGAAGGUGUAUUUUGUGGAUUAUGGAAACACAGAAAUUGUGGAUUGGCACAACCUUAAAGUUCUUCCUUCAAAAUACCAGGAGCUACCUGCUUUAGCACUGAAGUGUUGCCUGUCUGGCAUUUAUCCUAAGGACGAUAAUUGGAGUCGAAAUGCAAUUAUGUUCUUUACAAAAGCAGUUGCAGAUAAGGUACUUGAAGUCUGUGUGUCGGCAAAACUCCCAGACAGAUAUGCUGUCCAUUUAACAUCUGCAUUAGCUGAUGGAGAGCAAAGUAUAAAUAAAUUACUGUGCAGUGCUGGUUAUGCUGAGUGUCGGGAUUUUAAGAAACCUGUCUCCAAACAAGGAAGGGUGCCUCUUCCUGGACCGAAAGUGCAAUGUUCAACAGAGAAGAAUUCACAUUUGGAUGCAGCAAAAGACUAUUCUUGUCCUUUGUCCAGCAGCAUUCCUGCAGUAGGUUCUGAAACUAAGCCCGUCUUCAAAGAACACCUUUUUCCAAUUGGAAGUUCUGUAGGGGUAAAAGUAUCACAUAUUGAAAGUCCAAAUGAUUUUUGGUGCCAGAUCUACAAAAACCUAUCAAGUCUUAAUUUAAUGAUGCGAGACAUUCAGAGUCACUGUUCUACUUCUCCUGAACUUUACCAGCCAUCCGAAACUGCCUGUAUAGCUCGGUGCCCUGAAAAUGGAUUAUGGUACAGAGCAUUAGUAAUCAAAAAACAUUCUUCACUAGAAGUUGAUGUUUUGUACAUAGAUUAUGGCAAAAUGGAGAGGGUUUUCAUAAAAGACCUACGAGCUAUAAAUCCCUUGUUUCUUCAGAUGGAAGGUCAGGCUUUUCGAUGCAGUUUGUACAACUUGAUUCAAGCUUUUGGCCAUGAUCCUUUGAACUGGAGUGAUGCUGCAAAAUCUGAGUUUCAGGACUUUGUAGAUAUUGCAGACUCUACUGGUUUGGAUUUGAAAUGUACCAUUUAUGCAGUUAUGUAUGAUUCCAGCAAAGUGGUAUUCAACGUGGUAGAUCUUGAAACACCAUUUCAGAGUGUUUGCAGCUUGCUAGUUCAGAAGGGUUUAGCCCAGCGUGCACCUCUGAAAAAAGCCCCCCAGCCACCAUUCCAUCUAGAUACCUAUUACUAUUCUUCACACGAUAUUAAAAUUGGAGGCGAAGAGGAAGUCUUUGUUACAUAUGUGAAAACUGUUGGCAAUUUUUACUGUCAUCUUGGAAAAAAUGUUGACAUAGUGGAGCAGCUGGCGGAAAAAGUAAACUAUCUAUGUCAACAGUUGGAGUGCACAGGUUGUCCCCAAACAUUUGGUACAGUUUGCUUUGCAAAGUACAGUGAUGGAAAAUGGUACAGAGGACAGAUUAAAUCUUACAUCCCAACAAUACAGGUGUACUUUGUUGAUUACGGUGAUACACAAGAAGUAGACAAAUCUGACCUACUUCCAAUUCCUAUUGAAGCUAGUGAACUUAUGUCUGUCCCAGUCCAAGCUGUUGCAUGUGGCCUUUCAGAUAUUGCAGCAGAUGUACCAGAUUAUGUUAAUGUCUGGUUUGAGAAUGUUGUCGUCGGCAAUAGUUUCAGAGCUGUAGUAGUGUCAAAAGAGCCAUGUGGAAAACUCAUGGUUGACCUCUAUGAUGGAAAAAUGCAACUGACUUCAAAGCUUAAAGAAACAUUUCCUGGAGAGACUUCCACUAAAGAAAACAUUUAUUUUGAAGCACAUGGUACCAGUUUAAGAAAGAGAGAGGAUUCAUUCUCCAAGAAUUCAAGAACCAUCAAGACUAGAGAUACCUGUGAAGUCAGAUCAAUGCAACAGAUGAGCAGUGAUAAUAGUGGAAGUGCAAAAGUUAUACGUUCUCAGUCCCGUGAUGAGGGCAUCCAGCAAGACCAGCAAAAUAAAGUGAAACAGUUCUGUAGUGUUGCAGUUCAGUGGGCACCUGAAAUAAAUGAUGGAACGUCUGAAAACAAAUAUAAGGACCAGAUUUGUCCAUUGACAUUGGAGUGCAGUAAUGCCCCUCCUGUGGAAUCUGUGGAAAGUAAAGGUAAACAUGGAAAGGACUCUCAUGCACCUUUUGGUUCAAGAGAAAAUGUUGUACAAAAGAUUAAAUCUUUGCCUCUACCUAAGCUUCAGGACCUUCCUUCAAAAUGUAUAAAACCUGGCCUGGUAUGUGAAGUAUAUGUGUCACAUUCCAAUAGCCCUUCUAGCUUCUUUGUCCAGUUGACAAAAGAGGAAGAGGAAAUAUAUUUGAUUGUAGAAAAACUAAACCGAGAUCUGCCAGCCAUUUCAUGUGUUGAUAUUGACAAACUGCAACCAGAUGAUUUAGUGUGCGCGGAAUUUCCUGAUGAUAAUUCUUGGUAUCGUGCAGUUGUAAAAAAUACAUAUGGAAAUGGCACACUGGAUGUAGAAUUUAUAGAUUUUGGCAACACGGCAACCAUUUCUUCUUCAAAUAUCCGUUGGCUUGAUAAAUCCUUCUUGAAAGUCCCUAGGCUCAGUGUUCACUGCUUGCUAAGUGGAGUGCAAAGUGCUAUUUCCAAACCAGAGUGGCCACAGAUAGCUUUGAUGCACUUCAAAGAAGCUAUUGGUGAAAGUGAAGGAGGUAAAAAAUUAACUUGCAAUUUCAUAAAGCAGUCAGGAUCACUUUGGGAAGUCUCUCUUCAGGACCGGAGUACCUUGUUAGCAGAUUAUUUAAUAGAGCAUGGUUCUGCAGUGAGUUGGGAUAGUGGUGUUUUAAAGGAUCCUGAUAGCCAACCAAAGCCUUCAGGAGGGACCAUUUCAGGAAAGUCUUUUCUUCCCAGAAAGCCAGCAGAUGAUCCCAGCACAGAAAUAUUGCCAUCACGGUAUAAAAGUUGUAACAUUUCAGAGGGGCAGACAUUAGAGGUCUAUGCAUCUUCUCUGGUAAGCCCUGAAUACUUCUGGUGUCAGUUUGCAGAUUCAGAUAGCCUUCAAAUUAUCGCUGAAUUAGCUGAUGAAACGGGAAACUCUGUGGACACAAGUGCUAAAUUUAUAGAGGAUCUCUUUCCUGGAAGCCCAUGUCUGGCACUGUUUAAAGACGAUGAGCAUUGGUAUCGUGCUGAAGUGAAAUCGAAAACCCAAGAUGUCCUCUCUAUACGGUUUGUGGAUUAUGGAAAUGAAGUUGAAGUAGACCAUGAUUCAGUGAGACCAGUACCUUCUGAGCUGCUGGAAAUUCCUACACAAGCGUUUUUAUGCUUGUUGGAAGGCUUUGAUCAUUCUUGUGGUUCUUGGGAUAUUGGUGCCAUAGAUAAAUUCUAUGAGCUUCUUGCAGAUCAGCCUCUGGAAGUCACCAUUUUGAAUUGUGAAAAGCCUGAAAUUGACGAACCUUCUUUAUUUAAUGUUAAAGUUCAGUGCAAUGGGCAAUUAAUAACUGAUGUGAUGAGGAAUUACUGGAAAGGCUUUGUUGCUGGUAGUGAUGAUGAAAUGGUGGACUUGGAACAGGAGCUCCCACAAUUGGAGUCAACUGAAAUACUUCAACAUGAAGAUGUCAUUGAACUCAAGUUAGCAGUCCAGAGAACUGUAACAGAUUUUUUAAGUCUUCAGGGAGAGGUUGAAAUGAAUGCUGAGCAGAGUAUAAGUCCUACUAAUAUUCCUGAUGAAUGCUAUUUAAAAUAUAAAACAAAAGUCAUAACUGAAUUGCAAGAAGUGGAAGAAAUCACUGAAGGAACCUUGCAACAACCAAACGUUCAGCUUAAUUUUCAGUAUGAACAAAAUCUUGAAAGUGUUGAAGAAAAAUGUGUUGAACUUGCAUGUCAAAUUUCUGCAUCGGGUCACCAAGAGACUGUUUUUGAUGAAGUGCUUGAAUCCAGAACACCGACUUCAACAAAUGGUGAACCUGAAAGAGGUCAAUGUCUGCUUAAAGAAAGUAAUGAAAAAAAUGAAGUAUUUACAAACAUGGUGGAGGAUGCAACUGAUAACGCGUGUUUGAAAAUGGAGCAGAUGGUGUGCGAUGUGGAUGCAGAUGCAGACCUUAAGCUUGUUGCCUCGUGUGACCCAACUGUAGAAUUGUCUGAAAAUGGAACCAUCAUUGUAAACAAACCUCUGCAAGAUCUUCCAUAUAACUGUCCACUAGAAAACAAUCCAGAUAACCUUACGGAAGGCUUGGAUAAACAUAAUGCAGGAGUACCAUCUUCACAAGAAGAAAAUGGAUGGGAAAAUGCAGCUAAAUUAGGUCUUGGAGAUUUUAAAGAUUUGGCAAUGGCUGCUUGUAGCAUAGAACUUGUAGAAGAUGUUAAAACAUCCUAUGCAGAAAAUCAAAAUCGCAAGCCCUUGGAAACCUUGAGUGCAUCCUCCCUUACAGAAUGCCCCAGUUAUAAGCUGGGUGAACCAGCUGAUGAAAGCUUUGAUGAGCUUUUGGAUUCCCAAGAAGAUCUUUGCUUUGAUGAACAGGUAGAGGGCAGUGACAUCUAUGAGGAGGUUUUCAAACAAUGUCUAACAGACCCCUUGUCUGCAAACCCUACUGAUUUGAAAGAGGCAGAAGAUUUCCCCACUGAGAUGGAGGUCCACAGGGCGCAAAAUGUGGAGCCAAGAACUGAACCAGGUUUUAGUCAACUGGAAGGAGAACUUUCUAUUGGCUCAAACUGUGUUGUGUGGUCCUAUGUGUAUAACACUUGGUGCAAAGCAAGAAUUCUGAAGAUCUAUGUUGACAGGAUAAAGGUGUUGCUUUUGGAAUCUAAUGCAGAAGCUAUAGUGGACUUGCAAAAUAUCUGGAAAAACAUUCCUGAAGGAAUAGUUCAUCAUGCUGAGCCAGUAAAGGUUUCAAGUGCUGAAGUGGAUCUCGUUUCUUCAGAAUAUGCUGCCAAACAAGAUGCGUCUUUACAAGAUGAUGAAAAGAUUGACAGUGGAAUUGAUGCUACUACAACAAUCCCUUCUUUCUGCACUGAAGAACAACAAUUGGUUCAGGCUGACCCUCAGGCAGUCACUGCUGGUGUUGAAUCGGGGAAAGUUCCUGAAGAUGUGGAGCUAGAUAAAGUGACCGCUGUUGGGAAGCCUGGCUUAGUCAAUGAAGAAACAUCUGCAGAUGAAAUGACCACAUUUGACAUGAAAAUGGAAUUUCCUCUUAAAACGUCAGAGCAGAUAGUGGAAGAGGGGGUGAACAACGAAGAAAAACAUGAAGAUUUGGAUCCAAAGUAGAUUUUCUUAUAAAUUAGCCUUUAAAACCUAUCCUGAAACAUCCAUCACCUUCUUUUCUGUGGUUUUAGUUAGGUAUAAUGAACUGUAAUGUUCAAAAGCACAAAUCUCUAUUUUACCACUGGUCUCAGAUUUUCUCUCUCUCUCUCUCAAUAUUCAGUGAAUGAAACUUGUCAACCUACAAAUUUGGGGAACAUGCUAUAUUUUAAAAGUUUUUCUUGGGGACCUUUAUACAAACUGAUUACGAAGUAAGUUUACACCGACAAAAUAAUUCAGCAUUUUUUCCACCAAAGUUGAGAUGCUUUGUCAGACACAUUAUUAAUGUAAACUGUUAAUGUUGGACUUGGCUUUCAUUUUGAGUCAGCAUAUUCAUGCAUUUAGAUUAGUGAUUAAAGUGUAAUAUUCAAUAUCCUUAAGGUACAACUUGUACAUAAAAGGCUAUCUUGUCUAGUAGUUGUUUCCUGAGCAUAGACGAUGUAGUACUCUGUACAGAAUGAGAACAGAACUCAUACAAAAUAAGUCUUUUUUUUUUUUUGCAAAGCUUGAUUUAAUGUUUAAAUUUGUCAGCUGUGUAUUGCAUAAGAGUUUUUCUUGGGUUAUUUGUUAAAAUUAUAUGUAGCUUUUUUCCACAAAUUUGUUAGAAAAUAGUGUUAAAACAGAAAAUACCACUAGUUUAAAUUUUGACUUGAUUAUGUAUUUGUUGUAGAAGCAAAACAUGAUGUAGACAGGGAUUGCAGGUAAUGAAAACCGCAUUUGCAACUUUAAAGUCUAUGGUAUUUAAAUUUACUUUAAACGAACAUGCCUUGAAAUGUUUUUGGAAAUACCAUUGGAGUGAGAAAAUCUGUCUGAUUUCACCCUACAAUCGUUGUCAUUUUUUUAAAAAUAAAUUCAUAGAAUAACUGAAUAUUUAGUAUUUGGUUGCUCAGUAAGCAUUCAAUUGAUAUGAAAAAACUUUCUCUGAAAUGUUAAAACAAUGCACAUCUAAGUUGUCAUAACAUUUGUGAGAAAUUUUGCAUUCAAAAUGCUCUUGGCUGUUAGAAACUAACAUUUAAGUGAAAGUAUCAAUCCCUUUUUGCAUCAUCUAUUGCCUCUAAAUUCUUAUGUUAUAAUGGAUACAAAUGGUUUUCUUUGCUUUGAGUAUUAAAUUUUAAUACUACAGUGCUCAUGGAAAGUAGCCUUUUGAUCAGGAGUCUAUAGCAGAAAUUGCUUAUUUGGAUAGAACUGUCACUGCAUGUAAGCACAUUGAAUGACUGCAAGAAAGAUGAGUGUUGCUUUCUUCUGUGUGCUGUUUCAUUUGUACCAUGUACACGCAUGGUUUCCAGUGUUAAUUUUCUUGCUGACGUUGAAGCCAAAACUGAAUUGUCAUGCUCUUGACAAAAGUUUUCUUAUUUACAGUCAAGCCAAAUAAAAAGCAGAGAUUGGAAAGUAGUUGUCAGUCUUUUAUUAUAUGAUGUUAAAUUGUUUUCCGAUUUUUAAGAUCUUGCUUCACAAAAAGAGAUGAAUGGAUUACCCGUUUGUCAAUCUUUAGGAUCUUGAAUGUGUAGAUCUGUAAAUAAGUGUUAGUGUUAAGAAGAUACCAUAGAAUAAUAGUAAAAAAUUGGGUAAAAUCAUUUUAUUUUAGAAAACAUGUACAGUAGUGUUAUUACAGAACUAAAAAUGGCACCAAUGCAUAGCUAAUUUUUGUCAGAUUUCCAAAACUAUCAAAACCUUGGUAAAAAGUACAUAAUGGUUUCUAAAAACUGUUUCUUUUGGGGGGGAUAAC